UGCCUUAACUAACUAAAGAGAGGGGGACUUUCCUAUUCUCCACAUGCCCUGUCGAAGGGAACUGGCGAGCAAGCAGACUUUCAACCGCGGCAGGUAUUCCGCCCGGACAGAUACGGAAUAACCACCGGCUCGAGGGGCAUGUAUCGUGCGCGAAACUCCCUGAAGUAGCGUCCCGCAUAAGCGCAGAGGAGAACCGCCGGCUCAGGCAGAGGGGGAAAUGGUACAAGAACUCACCGCCCACAGCGAGUCUCCCGAUACCCCGACAGGGCGAGACCCGAGCCCGAUUGUAUAAUAUUAGAAUGGGAGAAGAUUCUAAAACAGCAGUGGCACCCCAAUCUUGCACUUACAUGAAUAAGCAUGUUGGCUUCUGUGGCAACAUAAAAACAUUUCCAAGUGACUUCAUAGUGACAGAAAUUAAUACAUGUGGACAGUUAGUUAGUAAGAUUACAACAGACUCAAUUCAUAAGUCCACUGAAAGCCUGUCCAGACAACCUAGGAGCUGUCAGGAGGACUCGAAGAUUCCAAGGCUGACUCUUCCAGAACCAUGCAUAGAUGAGGUAUAUUGCAGCGUUCCACAUGACAUUGUUCAUUGUACUUCAGAACUUCAUCCUCUCUCUGCUGGAGAACUUGAAGACUACAAACCAAAUCAUGCACCUGAGUGCCACUUUGACAAAGCUGUUACACUGGACUCCUUAUUAGAUAAAAAUGUAAGGGAACAACUUAAUCAGUUUGCUUGCCAUGCUAAAAAAGCAUUGGAUUCAAAAUCUGAGACACAAGUUCUCUCUGAAUUCUCUCUUGGUCCUGUUCUGGACAAGAAGGUUCGAGCCAGCUUGCAUGGUGCCAUCAGACAGGAAUACCCAUUCUUAGUCACUAUUACCAAAUGUGGUGAGAUUUUUGUAAAAGCAAAUCAGGACUUUCAAGAACUAUGUGAGCUGGUUUCUGAAGAGGAGGCAUGUGGCUUUCUAAAAUUUUUAGAUGCCAAAUCAGAAAAUUCAAAGUUUGCUUUUAAUCCUGAUGGAAAUAAGGAACACCGUAAGAAAGUUCACCAUUUUCUUAGCAAAAAAUUUGGAAAACUUAUAGAAGCAAAGUCUUUCCCUGACUCUCAACAAAAAGUUGUUAUUAUUGUAAGAUUUCGUGGAAGAAGUGGGUCCAGGAAAAGGGCUAAUGCUGACCUUGGGGAGAAGCAAGAAAUUUAUACAGCUUUUACUCUCCAAAAAGAGAAUCUGGAAACACUUGAAGCAAUUAGCUAUUUGUCUUCUGAACUUGGUGUGCUUCCUUCAGACUUCAGUUACUCAGGCAUUAAAGAUAAGAAGGCUAUUACAUAUCAAGCUAUGGUUAUAAAAAAGAUAACUCCUGAAAGGCUGAAGGAACUUGGAAGCACACUUGGAAAAAAAGGACUAGGUAUUUCUAAUGUACAUUCUGCAAGCCACCCACUUAAGCUCGGUCAACUGCAAGGAAAUCACUUUGAUAUUAUUGUGAGGGAUUUAAAACUCAAGAGUUGUGAUUAUUCUGCUAACCUAAUGGAGAGAAUAGGUGAAGCAAUUGAAAAUGUCAAGAAAAAUGGUUUUAUAAAUUACUAUGGACCUCAGCGAUUUGGACAAGGUCAGAAUAUUCAGACAGACAAAAUUGGAUUGGCUUUGCUGAAUGAAGAACUGGUCAAAGCUGUGAAAUUGUUUUUCACACCAGAAGAUGCAGAUGAUCCUGUUAAUAUAGCAAAGAAAUAUUUUCUUCAGACUGAGGAUGCAAAAGGCACUCUUGCAAUGCUGCCUGACUUUAAAGUAAGAGAAAAGAUGUUACUCCGUGCCUUGAACCGCUAUGGGAUAAACCAGGAAGGCUGCACGCGAGGAUGGCUCAGCAUUCCGCAUUCCAUGCGUAUUUUCUAUGUCCAUGCAUAUUGCAGUAAAAUUUGGAAUGAGGCUGCAUCCUACCGGAUUAUGAGCUAUGGUGCAAGAGUUGUGGCUGGCGAUCUAAUAUUUUCUGGAAAAUGUACUGAAAGCUGUUCACUGAGUGACAAGGUCCAUGUUGUAACAUUGGCAGAAGAGAUGGCAGAUCAGUUUACAAUACAUCAAGUUGUGCUUCCAAUGGUUGGCUACACUGUGCAAUAUCCCACUAAUAAAGUUGGGGAGUGGUAUCGCAAAAGGCUUGCUGAUGAUGGGCUUCAGAUGCACCAGUUCAGACUUCCUGCAUUACACCUGAAUGUGCCUGGCUGCUACAGACCUCUCUUGAAAUACCCGCACAACCUGUCAUAUCAUUUCUUAAGAGAUAAUGGAAAAGAAGUGGGAACUGGAGAGGUUCCCCGGCAGGAUUCAAAAAUUUCUCUUUCUUUGUCAUUUCAGCUUGAUCCUUCCUGUUAUGCAACUGUUUGCUUGGGCGAAAUUAUGAACUGUGAAAUAUGAAUUUUUAAAGUGUUUAGCAUAACUUUCCAGGAAAAGGUACAAUAUUUAAAGAUGGCACAGGCUCUGUUGGGAUGGGAGGGAUGAUGGUAAAGAACUACUUUGGAGAUUAUUUAUAAAAUAAAAAGUCAUCUCUGAUUUGGGCCAUAAGCUGUUUAGGAAACCAGUAGUUGAAAAUGGAGUGGGAGGCACUAUAAUCCUAUACACACUUGCCUGGAAGUAAAUCCAAAACAAUUGAACUUCGAAAUCAAUUAAACUUGCUCCUGAGUAGAUGUCUAUUGUAUUGUUCCCCAAAAUCUUACUAAAUUUUAUAUAAGAACCAAGCCAAACAGAACCAAAUACAAAGUGCAUCAUCUUGGUAUAGAAACAACAACCCUGAACUGCAUCAUUAAAUUUGUUUUAAGUAAGUAUUUUUUUAAAUAUUCCUUGGGAUGAAAUUCAUACUUCAUUAAUGAAGUAAAAUUACAUUUUUUCAGACAUUUUCAAUUUGGCUAAGAGUAUCUUCUUCCAGACAUUUGUGCUACAAUCCUGUACCUGCUUACCUAAGAGUAUCCACCAUUAAUUCAGCAGGAUUUAUUUCUGAGUAGAUAUUAAUAUCUAUUAUUAUUAUUAUUAUUAUUAUUAUUAUUAUUAUUGUUUGUGAUAUUUAUCAGUCAACCACAAGUGAACCAGCUCCUCCCCUUGCCUUUAAUCUAUAAAUCAAAACACAGUUUAAAACUAGCAACAGUUAAAAGUGCAAAUAAAAGAUGUCAACAAAACGUCUAGUGGAAAGGAACCAGUUCCAGUUAUCAUUAGCUUGUGAAAAAUUAUUUUCCUGCCAAAAGCUACAUCUGCAGUAGAAGCAGAAAGCCAACAGGGAUUUGGUCAGAUGCAUCCCAGGAGGCAAAGUAUUUCACAAAGUGAGUAUCAUGAAGAAAGCAGAACUCACUGCCUUUAUGGUUUUCAUAUCUGCAGAGAGACAGUUUGUUGUGGGACAGAUUAGAGGUCACUGAGAGAAGGAGGAUGUUGUCAAGUAGGUCCUUGUAGAGCUUAAAACUCAGCAGCAGCUCCUCAAACUAGAAGCUAUAGCAACGAUACGCUCCCUGAAGCCUGUUCCAGUGUUCCGCUUUAGUGGAAACUUCCAAAGCAUCUUCCAGGGUUGGCCCAGCAAAGUGUCUUGCACUACUUAGUGAUGAGGGAAUAAAGCACAAAUGACUUCAGACCAAAGCCUUGUUGGGAAGAACAGCAAGCUAAUCUAUCAGCCCUAAGCUGGUGGGAGGCCAUUAUGGACACUGCUGCUAUUGAAUGUAGAGUCUGUCUAAGUUAGCAGGGUGAGCCCAGGAUGCUUUGCUGCCUGAAGCAAAACCAAGAUGGUUCACUGUUUCAUUCCAUGUACAGAAGCCAGCUGGCACCUUGCCACUGUACUCACACUGUCCUCUUUCAGAAUCUGCUGCCUGAAGUAGCCAUCCCACCCUGCCUAAUUUGAGGGCCAGCCCUAAAAUUAGCAACCUUACCAGGAGAAUUAUAAGCCGAUCCAGAAUAGGUAAAUAAAUUCAGCAUCCUUGUACUGGUAGAUGAAGUGCAAUCUCAACUUCCCAUAUUUGGGGGAUUAAACUUGUUCAGGUUUGCCCAACCUAUUGUUGUGAUAUGUUAUAUUUAUGGGGGGGGGGGUUCUGUUUUAAAAUAAAAAAUAAAGGGGGGGAGUGUUUGCCCAGCCUGUAAACGUUUUCAGGCAUCCAGUGACUUCACCAUAGCAGGAUUUCAUGAAAAUCACUUCUCUGAUUUCACCAAGGAAAUCCACUGUGCCUUUUUAAAUGAGGUAUUCUUUUAAAUUAAGCAAUUGAAUUUAGUUGUAUUAUUUGAGUUCUAUUUUAGCUAAGCUGCUUUGGUUGUCCUACUAGAUUGAUGAAUGCCUAAAGCAAAUAAAUGAAAUGAAUUAUCUGA